AAUAAAAUUUCUCUUUAAUUAUUACUCUUUACUGAUAUAUUAUUAUCUGUUUGUUUUAAUCCAUUCAUUCAUUCCUUAAUUAGUCAUUCAUUUAGUUCUUACCAACUAUAGUCAUUCGUUAUAUUAUUGAUUAAUUCAAACAAAAGUAAAAUAUAAAAUAAAAUAAAAUAAAAUGUUACCAAUUAAAACACUCAUUUCUUCUGUUCUUUUAAUUUCCCAAGCUUAUGCUGCCCUUGAUAUUAAUGCUUCUAAUAAUGUUGCUGCUUAUUGGGGUCAAAAUGGUGCUGGUGGUCAAGAAAGAUUAAGUACUUACUGUGCUGAAACUGAUCUUGAUGUAGUUAUUUUAUCAUUUCUUAAUGAUUUCCCAGAUCCAUUAAAUGUUAACUUUGCUAAUCAAUGUGGUAAUACUUUUGAAAGUGGAUUAUUAAAUUGUGCUCAAAUUGGUGAAGAUAUUCAAACUUGUCAAAGUGAAGGUAAAACCGUCUUAUUAUCUUUAGGUGGUCAAUAUGGUACUUAUGGUUUUACUUCUGACCAACAAGCUCAAGAUUUCGCCACCACUUUAUGGAAUAAAUUUGGUGCUGGUUCUGAUCCAGAAAGACCUUUCGGUGAUGCUAUUGUUGAUGGUUUCGAUUUCGAUAUCGAACAAGGUUCUUCCACCGGUUACACUGCUUUAGCUCAAUCUUUAAGAACUUUAUAUGCUUCUGAUGAUUCUAAAACUUAUUACUUAUCUGCUUCUCCUCAAUGUCCUUUCCCAGAUCAAUAUGUUGGUGAUGCUUUAUCUUCUGCUGAUUUUGACUUCGCUUUCAUUCAAUUCUACAACAACAACUGUGCCGUUGGUUCUAACUUUAACUUCGACACUUGGAAUUCAUAUGCCCCAACCUCAGGUAAUCCAAACUUGAAAUUAUUUGUUGGUAUUGAAGCUCAACAACAAAAUAUUGCUGAUGUUCAAGCUGCUAUUGCUCAAAUUCAAUGUGAUUCUACUUUUGCAGGUAUCUCCAUCUGGGAUGCUUCUGGAGCUUGGUUAAAUGUUGAUGCUAAUGGUGAUAAUCUCGUUGUUCAAGCUAAGAACCUCUUAAACGAUGAACAAUGUCCUUCUCCAUCCUCUUCUGCUGCUCCAUCCGUUGUUGCCUCUUCUUCUUUCUAUGGUAACUCUUCUGUUUCCACUGUCACUUACAGCGAUAUUUCUACAACUGUUGUCACUAUAACUAGUUGUUCCGAUCAUGUAUGUACUAAAAAGCCUGUUGUUACUGGUUAUGUCGUUAUUACUGAUGUUAACACUAUCUACACCACUUAUUGUCCAUUAUCUGGUGAAGAAACUCCAACUUCUGAAGCUGCUGUUCCAUCUAGUUCUGAAGUUGCUAUUCCAACCAGUUCCGAAGCUCCAGUUGUUGUUGCUACCAAGAUUUCUUCUGGUGUUCCAUCUGUAGCCGUUGAAACUUCUAGUGCUCCAGUUGUUACUGUUGUUCCAGUUGUUUCUACUUUUACUUCAGGUGAUAUUACCUCUUAUGUUACUCUUAACAUCUAUUCUACUCUUUAUGCUGGUAAUGGUACCACUCCAGAAGUUCCAGUUUAUGAAGGUGCAGCUGCUGCUACCUCUUUCGCUCUUGCUUGGGCUCUUGCUCUUCCAUUAGCCAUUGUCGCUUUGCUUUAGAGCUGUUAUGUAAAUUUAUAAUUUCCUAACUAAAAAAAAGUUUUAAUAAGAUACCUUUUAUAUGUUCAAUAAAAUACAAGUCGUUACCUUGUAA